UUUCCGUCUUGCGUUGCUUGCAGCAGAAAGCCGUUUGCGUUGUUUGCCCUGCGGCCUGCGGUUUGCUGCUGUUCUCUGCCAUGUUGCUUGCUCUUGGCCCCGCGCCGCCCGCCUGCCUCGCUUGUGUGUGGCAGUGUUUUGUUGUCCCUGCCGCUCCCGCGACCGCUACCGCUAUCACCACACCCCUUCCUUUUUUUUUUUUUUCCUCUUUGAAUCCUCUUGCUCACACCCAAAAAGAAGAAAAAAACCCUGUCAUCACCACCACCCAUUCGCUGCCGUGCCGCGGCGCCUCCGGGGAAGCGAGGGGGAUUGGAACAAGAGUGGGAAAUGGGAUAGGUGGACAACACAAGGGAAAGGAGGCUGAGCUGAGCUGGAACCCAUCACGCGUGUUCCGUUGCACGGGCCCUCGACUGAGAAAAAGAAAAAGAAAAAAGGAAGAAGGGAAUAAAAAAAAAAAAAGGGCAACAAAAUUGGUCCCGGACAUCCGGUCACUCAAGCGUGUACCAAGCCCCUAGAUCCGGUAUCUGGCAAUAAAACAAAAGGUACCCCUAGCGAAUGUGACCCGGGGAAGCCACCCCGGAACAAAACGACCGCCUUUCGUGCGGGGGGAACAAGCAACCGCCGCCCCCUUUUUUUUUAUCUCCCGUCCUUUGCUUUCGUCACAUCAGCCCUGGAUCAAGCAAAUGAGGGGUGGAGGACCAUGGCAUCAAUGGUACAGCGUAGAGUUUCUCGUAUUCUUCUCUUCCUCGGGGACGCCCCAUACAUUUACAAACAGAUUGAAAGGAUAUGGUUAUACUUUUUUGUGACAAGAGUUGAGUGCUAGAACAUGGUAAACACAGGUUAGUAGCGGAGAGUGAGAGAUAGAGAUAACAAAAGACAAGGCUUCGCGAGAACGCGGUGGUUGUAGGAACACCAGGUGUAACUAUUAAAAAAGGAAAAGAAAAGCCCA